UCUCUAUAUAUGCGCAGUGACUCUCCUAAUGGGAAAGUUCCUGUUUCUCCUCCAAAAGCUUUUGCAUGACUCCGCCUCCUCUUCCACAGAAUGGGGCCCUUUGUGGGGGGUUUGCCAGCAUUCCACAGGGAAUUCCUACAGUGCGUUUUCGCCAACUCGGGAGUGUGUGAUCAGCGCUCCAGGCCAAGAGGGAGGGCACAAGUUUUCCACGCAGCAUGUUGCACACAGUCACCGAGUGGCUGUGGUGGGAGCGAUUGUGGCUGCCCGUGAACGUCUCGUGGGCGGAUCUGGAGGACCGCGACGGCCGUGUCUACGCCAAAGCCUCGCAGCUGUACGACGUGCUGCCAAUCGCACUCUGCAUUCUCUUUGUCAGAUUGCUUUUUGAGAGGUUGGUGGCCGCACCACUGGCCGAUGUUUGCGGUGUCAAAGACAAACUACGUCGCACUGUGGAGCAAAAUGCUGUUCUGGAAAACUACUUCUGUACAAAAGCACACGUUCCGUCACAGGCGGAUGUGAGGGCUCUGUGUAAAAAGACAAGUUGGACCGAGCGAAGAAUUCAAUUGUGGUUCAGGAGGAGACGGAACCACCGGCGUCCAGGUCUUCGAAAGAGAUUCUGUGAGGCCAGCUGGAGAUGUGGAUUCUAUUUUUUUGCAUUUGUUGGAGGCAUUUUCGCCCUCCAUGAUAAAGCCUGGUUUUACACUCUGAAGGAGGUUUGGGCAGGCUUCCCUAAACAGUCGUUGCUGCAAUCACAGUACUGGUAUUACUUCCUGGAAAUGGGCUUCUACCUUUCGUUGCUCCUCAGCCUCACGUUCGAUGUGAAGCGGAAGGACUUUAAAGAGCAGGUGAUCCACCACAUCGCCACGCUGAUUCUGCUGGCAUUCUCGUGGAUCUCCAACUACAUCCGCGUCGGCACCAUCGUGAUGGCGCUCCACGACUCGGCCGACGUCCUGCUCGAGGGUGCAAAGCUACUCAACUAUGCCAAGUGGCAUAAGACGGCCAACACCAUGUUUGUGGUUUUCACCUUCAUUUUCAUGCUGACCAGACUUGUGAUUUUUCCUUUCUGGGUGAUCCAUUGCACGUGGGUGUAUCCGCUGGAGAGCUACCCAGCGUUCUUCGGCUACUAUUUCUUCAAUGUCAUGCUAAGCGUGCUCCAGAUGCUGCACCUCUACUGGGCCAUCCUCAUAUCAAAAAUGCUCUUCAAGUGUCUCUUCAACAAGUUGGAAGGGGACGACAGAAGCGAUGAAGAGGAAGAAGAAAGCGAGGAGGAGAGAAACUACAAGAGGAGUCACAUGAACGGAGCCCAGAACUAUGCCAAUGGUCACUGAUGGGAUAAGAACAGGGAUUGGACAAAAUCCCAGUAGACUGUAUAGAAAUGCAUCCAGAAAGUAUUCAAUGCGAUUCACAUUUCCAUAUUUUUUUAGGUCACAGCCAUAUAUCUAGCAGUACCUCGACUUACGAAUGUCACAAUACAUCACUCACAAGGCCACGCCCCUUAAAGACACACAUUCAACACAAACACUCCAGUGCAUUUGAGAAAUAUACUGGCAUGUCAUUUCCCAUUACGAGCUAAGAUUGUAAUCUCUUGUGAAAGUAUGCCCUCUAGCGGCCACGAAGAAAAACAAGUGUGUGUGUGUAGAGUCGAUUGUACUUUGGAUUACAACGACUGUGAAGGAUAAGCCAUGACCUGAUAUGAAGUUACAUAUUAGCGAAGCUUAAAUAAAACACACUUCAAUUCACAAAACAA